AUGGCGGCACAACCCUUGGUGGUCGACACGAAGGUGGUCGAUACGAACAGCCAUGAUGUCGACCAAAACCAUAUAAACGACGAGGUCGACGAGGAAGAAGAAGACAUUGCAUCUGAUCUGGACCAGCCAAACAAUGAGCCCAAUGAGCCAGGGCCGCAGAUAGACCCACUUGACGACUUCCUCAAGCCCCUCGUCCUGGACGAAGGAAUCCUCUACAAUCUGGCCCGUCGUUUUUCCGAAGUAUAUCGGCAUCUCGCCCUGACCUCGGACCAACAGUUUCUUCCCACUCCGGUAACGCGACUGCCCACUGGGGAAGAAGUUGGCCGUUAUCUGGCCAUCGACGUCGGCGGCAGCAAUCUCAGAGUCGCCUUCAUCGAACUGCUGGGCGAAGAUGCUGACUCCGAUAAGGGUACCGCGGACGCAUCCGACAAGUCACGUGAUACGAUCAGAAAGGCACAGAGGCCGCGUGUGAGGCGGACGUUGGAGAAAGCAUGGCCGAUCCAGGAGCAUCUGAAGAAGGAUAAAGCCGACGACCUGUUUUCAUGGAUCGGCGAUUGCAUUGCGGAGGUGGUGGCCGACAGUCUCACCUCGGAUGCGACCAAAGGCGACAUUCCGGACGAGCUAGAGAUGGGCAUCACUUUCAGCUUCCCUAUCAUGCAGGAAUCAGUCACGGAAGCCACCUUGAUGCCAAUGGGCAAGGGUUUCGCCAUCACGUCCGAUCUCAACCUCCGUAAUAUGCUCCUCUCGGGCUAUGAGAAGCAUACGAGACGUCCCGACGAAGAAGAGGAACCGUCGUCCAAGCGGCGGAAACUCUUCGCGUUACCAAAGUUGAAGAUUACCGCCAUCACCAAUGACACUGUUGCAACGCUUAUUUCUUUGGCAUACAGCGUAAAGUCUUUACCAAACAGUCGAGUAGCGAUGGGUAUAAUUGUCGGGACCGGCUGUAACGCUACGAUCCCAAUGCGACUGUCAGAUCUCCACGAGUCUAAAGCCAGACUGGUCAAUUCCAAAGAUCCAGAAGCCACCCAGACUGUGGUUAAUACAGAAUGGACGAUUUCCGGUGCGGCGCCGCCCCUUAAGGAGCUGAACAUCACCACAAAGUGGGAUACCCAACUAGAUAACGCAUGCGCUCGCCCUGGCUUCCAGCCCUUUGAGUACAUGACCGGUGGCCGGUACAUCGGAGAACUGGUUCGCAUCGUGCUGUUCGAUUACCUCACCACCGUGGUUGGGCUCUCCAAGAAAGACCUCCCUGCUGCGCUGGUGCAGGAAUACGCUUUGAACACCACAUUCCUAUCAGAGAAGGUUGCUCGGAGCCGAUCAGAUCAGGAAUUGGCCACCGAGUUGGCACGGUCCCUUCCACCACCCGAGUCAAGCGACUGGAAUUGGGAUGCACACUCUGCAGGAGCGUUCCGGAAGAUAGCCAGGGCCGUCCAGACACGGUCGGCAGGGCUCAUCGCUGCGGCAGUUGUUGGGCUUCUUGCGUGUACGCGCGAGAUCCAGCUGAAGGACGACAGUACCCGGAAUUCACCACAACCUGCGCAGGAGAAUCCUGUCGCCUAUCAGGGAGACGUCAAGACCCAGACGGGGUCGAACAACCUGGCUCCCAAUAAUGGAGGUGCCGAUUCGGCAAAAGCACCCCGGGGCCCCAUCGUCCCCGUUCUGUCUCCCGCCCCUGCCGACUGGCAUUCAGGCCCGGAGGAGCUGGUGGUCGCUUACACGGGCGGCAUUAUUCAAAAUUACCCCAACUUCAAGGAGAUGUGUCAGACUUACAUCGAUCGACUGAUCAUGAGAACCGGUCCUCAGAAAGGCGGCAAGUCUGUCUUCCUUCGCGAAGCUUCAGAUGGUGGUGUUAUCGGUGCUGGCGUUCUAGCCGGGAUGGUGGCUGGCCGAUGA